AUGUCGUUAGGGAAGAACACCUCCCUUCCUAUGCCUCCGAGUUCACCUAGACCAAAGCGCAACCGGACCGUAACAUGGAUGAUGCAGCGAAAAUCCUCAGUGCUGAUCUUUGUUCUCCUCUCGUUUUUCCUGCUACUACCUCUACUACGAACAUUGCGGGCCAGCGUAUGUACAGGAUCGGGAUUCUUAUCUGUGAUUGGUAUAUGUCCAACGGUAUUUACGAAUGCAUGGCGAUUGUUCUAUCAUUUGGGCGGCAACGGGCCUUGGAUACCCAAAAUUGACGGAAUCAACUACUCCGAUGCCUCAUUGCCCGAGCACUGCUCGGUAGACCAGGUCCAUAUGCUAUCGCGUCAUGCCGAACGAUAUCCUACCAAGAGUGCUGGUGGCCGGCAUCUCGAUCUCAUCGAACGCUUACAGAAUUCAAAUGUGACCCUCACUGGAUCACUGUCCUUCCUCGAAGCCUGGGCAUACUUCACUGAGCCUUCGGACCCGGCCUUCGAGAAUCUGACGGCUUCCGGUCCAUAUGCAGGUACACAUCAAGCAACUCAUACCGGCAAGGCACUUCGACAGCACUACGAUCAUCUAGUAUCGAAGGCCCGGCCGACAAAGUUCUGGUCGGGCAGUGCUUCGAGAGACGUGCAGACAGCCAGGUACUUCGGCGAUGGGUUCUUCGGCCCUGAGUGGGAAGUAAGUGGUGCAGCAGAGCUUGUUGUCAUCCCAGAAGUUGCAAGUCGCGGAGCUGACACCCUCACUCCCGGAGAUACAUGCUCUAAAUAUCGCACAGCCCCAACUGGUCAUGAUUACGGAUAUGGGAAGCUUGAACAAUGGCAGAAGGUCUUCACCAAACCAAUCGGUCAAAGGCUUGCACAAGAUGCGAUAGGUAUGGAAUUCAGCCAUCUAGACAUCUACAGCAUGAUGGAAAUGUGUGGGUUCGAGACACUUGCUAGAGGUGCUAGCCCUUGGUGCGACGUCUUCACCCAAGAAGAGUGGUUACACUUUGAAUAUGCACGAGAUCUGCUGCACUUCUACCGGGCUGGACCUGGAAACUCAUAUGCUGGAGCCAUGGGUUUCUUAUGGCUGAAUGCGACGCAAGAUCUCAUGUCGAACAAGACCUCAAAAGAUGUCUAUUUCAGCUUUGUCCACGACGGUGACAUCGUGCCUGUUAUGGCCACUUUGCAGGUCCUCAAUGAACGGCUGAUCUUGCAGGAGCUGCCUACCGGUCAUAUGAAGGAGGACCGGCGCUGGAGGACGAGCGAUGUGGUACCAAUGGGUGGUCGGUUGAUAUUUGAACGGAUCGCUUGUGAGCAGGGGAUCAAGACAAGUUCCAAGGAGCACUUUGUGCGACUUUUCAUCAAUGACGGUCUGAUGAAACUGCCCGGGUUGCCCUCUGUUCAGCACUUCGAGCACGCCGUACGUCUGACCGACUUCCAGAAAUUUAUCGCCUCAAGAGGAGAGUUCUUUGGGGACUUUCGAGAGGUAUGCUCGCUGCCUGAGGAUGCGGCGGAUAGAAUAACGUUCCUGCAUCAAUAG